AUGGCGAACGUUGAUAGUGGGCAGUUGCCAACCUCUCUUGAGGAAGUUGAAGCUCUGAUUCGUCAGCUGUACUCCCCUGGGAGAUCAGACCAGGUCGUCAAGACGCAAGAGACGCUGCAAAAGCUCCAGCGAUCUCCAGAAGGAUGGCAGCUCGCCAGCAGCCUGAUGAACAACAGGGAUCAGCAGAUCAGAUUCUUCGCAGCCUUGACUUUCAUCGUCAAACUCAAUACAGAUGCCAAGUCCCUAGGAGAAGAAGAUGCCCAGGCUCUGCUCCAGACUCUCAUCGGUUGGCUGAUUCGAUGCAUGGAGAUUUCAGAAGGUGCCUUGGUGGUGAGAAAGUUGUGCUCGACGUUGGUUGCUUACUUCAUGCAAUUCUCCACCUCUUGGGAGAGAUGUCUCAAGCAUCUGAUGUAUUCCCUUUGCAAUAACGAGGCUCGACCAUACAGUUCCCUUGAUGAGGCUCCUGAAACGGAGAUAUUAAGGCACAGUCUCUCAGACGCCAAAGCGGUCGCUGUAUUCUGGGUUGCCACAACACUUGUCGAGGAAGUUGGAAAGACGGAUUCAAAUUCGAUGAAGCAGCACAAAUUCCAUCGUCAAGUUGUGCCUAAUGUUGAUGAUAUUGUACCGCUGAUUUCGAAGUACAUCAAUAACAACGUUACGGAAGCUGCACAUGGAACAGUCAAGCAGGAGGCGAUGAAGUGCUUCCAGGCAUGGGUAUCCUACUCACAUCGCGCAUUCAUUGACGACGAGAUUGUCCUUGAGCCACUGCGAAACUUGAUUAAACCAGCACUGAUGUGCUUGGUGGACGAUGACCUCUACGAGACAACUGUCGAACUAUUCUCGGAUGUUUUGGCAAAUUAUUCCAAGUUUCUCCAUAAAGAAGACUUCGAAACUCUCCAGUCUCUUUUCAACAGCCCAUGGGCUCAGGAGCGGUACGAAAGAUUGAUCAACGGCGAUUUUGACUUCGAUUCUUUACAAUUCGGAAUGUUCAUGAUCGCAUUUGGCGAUGCUACAGUCCAAAAUUUGACCAAGAACCUAGGAACCGAUCCUCAAUGUCAGCAAUACCUUUCCGCCCUCUGCGGUCUUCUUGGAGCAGAAGGCCAUGCAAUUCAUGACGACAAAAUCUAUGUCCCAGCACUGGAAUUUUGGAAUACGUUAGUGGAAACUAUGGUUGAUGACAUCUAUUCUGAAGGAGGAAAGCACCCGGCAUGGUUCCCAACAGCUCAGGCACUCGUCAUGCAAGCAAUUGAAAGAUGUUGGCGGAAGAGUCAAUUCCCUCCUGCUAAUGAGUUCAGUUCGUGGGAUUCCGUGGAUAGAAUCGGCUUCAAAGAUGCCCGUAGAGAUUUCUCGGACCUGCUUCAGCAGUUCUUCCUCACCACUGGCAUACCCCUCCUCCAGGUCUUCAUCGAUCUUAUUCAGAAAUCUGCCGCCUCAAGGAACUGGGCUGAACUCGAGGCUUCUAUCUAUUGUCUUGGAGGAUUCUCUGAUACUUCUUCCGAAGAUCCGCUGCGUGAUGAAUACCUUGACAAGGUUUUCACGCCAUCACUUCUUGAUCUUUUCACAGGUCCUCACAAAGAGGUCCCGAGACCAACGAUGCAGUCAUUCCUCGAUUUAAUCAUCGGCUACUCGGAAUACUUCAAGCACAGGACGCAGGCUUUGCCAAAAGUCUUGACCUUUGUAUUUCAAGCCACCAGCUCUCCAAACCUGGCUAAGAAAGCAUCGAAAGCUAUCACAAGGCUGUGCUCUGACUGUCGGAAGAUUCUGCUACCUGAGUUGGGUGCAUUUCUUCAACAAUACCGUAAUAUUGCCUCAAAUUACUCUCUUGACGGAUCUGUCAAGGAAUCGAUCAUGGAAGGCAUUGCCUCCAUUAUUCAAGCAUUGGAGAAAGAAGAGCAAAGAGUGGCCCCGUUGGAGCAGUUGCUCAACUUUAUUGAGGCUGAUGUGGAACAAAGUCUUCUUCUCCUUUCCUCCAUCGUUCCUUCCCAGGAAAGAGACCAGUCGGACCCCUCCCAGAUGGAUGGCGGCCGAGGAGCAAUGGCUUUGGAACUUGGGGUCACAGCCUUCAAAUGUCUUGCAGGAAUUGCAAAGGGCAUCCAGAUCCCAGACGAUGGACCAGUGGACCUUGAGAAACGGGAAUCCAGAUCAUCCACAUUUUGGACAGAGGGCGAGGGCUCGCGCAUUCAGCAACGGAUAUACUCCAUGAUGUGCCGUAUGUACGACGCACUUGGUAAUCGGGGCGAAAUUGUCGAGGAAGUUUGUGAUAUUUGGCGUCAAGGAUUCCGAGAGAUGGAGCCAGGGCCAUUUGUGAUGCCGCCAAAUAUGGCCGCCCAUAAUAAAUGGGGCGAUGGGUUAGGCGGCGUCCUGGCUGCACUGUUGGCUUGGGUUGCCUCACUACUCCAUACUCUUGGAGAACCCGGUAAUGAUCCUGAGCUUACACAAACUGGAAUUGAGUUUGUAUUCCGACUUCUUCCUAAAUAUUCUCACGUUCUUUUGAACCAUCAACCAUCGUCAUCUCUGGAGUUCGUCUUCAUGUUCACCCUCAAAGCUCUGGCAGGCAGCGACCCCCUGCCAAAACAAGCAGCGGCUGAAUUCUGGGCAACCUUCAUCGGCCUUCCAAAUCAACCAGAACCAUUACAAGCUUCCGUCAACAACGCCAUCCAGCACCUCGGCCCAUUGCUCGCCCAAGCACUGAUCUACAAUAUUGGUGGUCACGCCGCAAGAAGCGAACUAGAUAAGCUUUGCGAGCCGGUGAAGAAAUUGGUCGUUCGACAAGUCAAUGCAAGAACCUGGCUGGAGGCUGCUCUCCUUGAUCCAAGUUUUCCCAGCGACAUAGUGUCCGAUAAAGACAAACAACUUUUCUUACAGAAGAUCAUGAAUCUUCGGGGAGCCAGAGGAACAAAUCAAGUGGUCAGAGAAUUCUGGCUCACGUGCCGCGGCACGAACUUCGCAUACGUCUCUUAA